UUAUUUUAAACACUUGUAAGCAUUAUUUAUUCUGGCAAGGGAGGCACAGGUUUCCCCAUGGCAUGCUCAUACACAAAUGACUCAGAACACCUGGGCUGCUCGGUCUUGGCCCCUACAUAUGUUCACCUGUAGUCGUAGGUACCAGAUUGUGGAGGGUGAUGGCUCAGCCUUCUGGGUCAUAAGUCCUGGCGGGGGGCUCCCCAGGGCCUGAGGCCCAGUCCUGGGACCAAGCUCCAGGGCUGUCGCUGCGAUGAUUUAGGCUCUUUGUGCCUCCUGGUGCACUGAUCUAAACACUGAUCCUUUUUCAUGGUCACACUUGUGCGACAAGUGUCCUGGGAAAGGAGAGUAGGGACAGAUGAGACUGAACCUACCGCAUGAACAAGAGUAAACCCGAACAUUAUCACCUUCCACUGGGUGUUUCCUCCAAGUGUGAUCCACAGGUCACCUGCCUACCUCAGAACCACCUGGGAAGCUUAUUACAGUGUAGACUCCCACAACUCCACCCUCACACCUGCUGAAUCUGAAUUUUCGGAGCAGGGCCUGGGAAUCUGCAUUUCACAAGCUUCUCGGGUGGUGUUUAGGAGUCAGAACCGCUGUGCCCCAGGGCUUUUCAUUUGACCUGAAGUUCAGGUUUUUAAUUGAAUUUUCAGCAACACAUCUAAUUUCUAAACCAAGCUACACUCCCCUUGGGUUGAAAGUUGCAAGCGAGGAGAAUCACUGCUUUUCGCACCAUCCAGGUCCCUCCUUACGUCUGUGCAGCAUAACUAGAGGUUCUGUUGCCAGGCCGGGCUGAGGCUCUUUGCUGUCCUCUCUGGCUGGGCUGCUUUUCUAAGAGAGGUAAAGCAGCUAGGCACUGUACUAGCUGGAUCUUUCCCCCGCUGCUCUGGAAAGCAGGAGAAAUAAUGUUUCCACUAUUAAUUCCCCUGCAAGUGGCCACUCUAAGGAUCCAUUGCCAGGGGCCAGCUGGCAGCGAGCCUGUCCCCUUUGCAGUGAGCCUGCUCAAAGUCCUCCCAUCAUAACAGGGGGCUCCUCCCAGGACCCAUUGUCCUGCUUGGAUCAGUGGCAUAGAUACUCGGUGGCUGGAGCCUGCCAGGGCUCAGAGAUCAGUUAAGGGCAUGAGGGCCCCUUUGGCCUCUGGUAGCUGUAGUCUCAGUUGACCUGGGCUGUUCUAUUUGGUCCUGAAGUUUUGCAUUCCCAGACUAGUCAUUUGAUCAAAUGAAAUGACAAGGCAGUAGCUUUAUGUAACACCUUUAAUUCAGGAGUUUAAAGUGCUAUUCAAAGGUCAGAGCUUGCAAAGGGGUAAGUGCUCGCGUCAUUUAAGCUUCUGAAGAUAGUAGAAUAAAUGAAAAGCAGCAUGCUGGCUCCCCACUGAUGGGUUUACACUUUCCAAAUCUUCAUUAGCCCUUCUGAAGACUGCCAGCGUUAUAUGGAUGAUCCAUUUGAGAGCGCCUUCGGAUGCCGACUGGGACGACCUGUGGGACCAGUUUGAUGAGCGGCGGUAUCUGAAUGCGAGAAAGUGGCGCGUUGGCGAGGACCCCUACAAGCUGUACGCUUUCAACCAGCGGGAGAGCGAGCGGACCCCCAGCAACCGCGCCGUCCCAGACACUCGCCAUUCCAGAUGCACCCUGCUGGUGUAUUACACGGACCUCCCCCCCACCAGCAUCAUCAUCACCUUCCACAACGAGGCCCGCUCCACCCUGCUGAGGACCAUCCGCAGCGUGUUAAACCGCACCCCUAUGCAUCUGAUCCAGGAAAUCAUAUUAGUGGAUGACUUCAGCAAUGACCCCGAUGACUGCAAACAGCUCAUCAAGUUGCCCAAAGUGAAAUGCCUGCGCAACAAUGAGCGGCAGGGUCUGGUCCGGUCCCGGAUUCGGGGUGCGGAUGUUGCCCAGGGCACCACUCUGACUUUCCUCGACAGCCACUGUGAGGUGAACAGGGACUGGCUCCAGCCGCUGCUGCACCGGGUCAAAGAGGACUACACGCGGGUGGUGUGCCCUGUGAUCGACAUCAUCAACCUGGACACCUUCGCCUACAUCAAGUCCGCCUCGGAGCUCAGAGGGGGGUUUGACUGGAGCCUCCACUUCCAGUGGGAGCAGCUCUCGCCAGUGCAGAAGUCUCGGCGCCUGGACCCCACGGAGCCCAUUAGGACUCCGAUCAUAGCUGGAGGACUCUUCGUGAUCAACAAAGCCUGGUUCAAUUACCUGGGGAAAUAUGAUAUGGACAUGGACAUCUGGGGCGGGGAGAACUUCGAAAUCUCCUUCCGCGUGUGGAUGUGCGGGGGCAGCCUAGAGAUCAUCCCCUGCAGCAGGGUGGGGCACGUCUUCCGGAAGAAGCACCCGUAUGUUUUCCCAGAUGGAAACGCCAACACGUAUAUAAAGAACACCAAGCGGACGGCAGAAGUGUGGAUGGAUGAAUACAAGCAGUACUAUUAUGCUGCCCGGCCCUUUGCACUGGAGAGGCCCUUUGGGAACAUUGAGAGCAGAUUGGAUCUGAAGAAGAAUCUGCACUGCCACAGCUUCAAGUGGUACCUGGAGAAUGUGUACCCGGAACUCAGAGUCCCCAUGGAUUCCUCCAUCCAGAAGGGCAAUAUCCGACAGAGGCAGAAGUGCCUGGAAUCUCAAAAGCAGAACAACCAAGACAUCCCAAACCUAAGACUGAGCCCCUGUGUCAAGUCCAAAGGCAAGGAAGCAAAGUCCCAGGUGUGGGCCUUCACAUACACCCAGCAGAUCCUCCAGGAUGAGCUGUGCAUGUCGGUUGUCACUUUGUUUCCUGGUGCUCCUGUAGUUCUUGCCCUUUGCAAGAACGGAGAUGCUAAACAGCAAUGGACCAAGACCGGUUCCCGCAUCGAGCACAUAGCGUCCCACCUCUGCCUAGACACCGACAUGUUUGGUGACGGCACUGAGAACGGCAGGGAAGUCGUCAUCAACCUGUGUGAGUCCUCGCUCAUGAGCCAGCACUGGGACAUAGUGAGCUCUUGAGGACCGUUGCCAGACACAGCGUGGCCCUCGCGUGGCGCUUCUCUGGACCAGAACAGACCGGAGCUGCCACGACGACUGCAGACACCCUGGACUGGGAGGUGGAGGCAGAGCCCCCCAGCACAGGGCAGCUGUCUCAGGGAGGAAACGAUCGCAGGGCAGUGGGGCUCAGAGACAAUUCCUACGUGUCCCCAGUGCCGUCAAGCUCCAGCGCUGGCCGGGUCUUCCCGAGCGGCGGCUGGAGACAGAUCUGAGGGAAGCGUGCGUUGUUCUCUGUCUUGCAAAGGAGGCACUGUGGCAGCAAGAGAGAAAAGCCCUCCUUGUCACCAGGCCAGGACUGAACAGAUGAAGAAAGAGGGUUUUUUCCAAAACAAAUAAAGAUAACCUUAGAAGUUG